CAAUAAUUUUUUAAAUAAUUUCUUUUGCGGUUUAUUUAUAGAAGAAUUCAGCCUUGCUUCUCUACCAUUGAGGGUCGGAAGGGCAGACCGGCAGAGCAUCCAGGAAAAAAAAUAAAAGGAGUAGCAGGUAGAAGCCAUGGGUGGAGGCAAUGGCCAGAAGUCAAGGAUGGCUCGCGAGAGGAACAUGGAGAAGCUCAAAGCUCCAAAGGGAAGCCAGCUUGAAUCCAACAAGAAGGCCAUGAACAUCCAGUGCAAGGUCUGCAUGCAAACAUUUAUUUGCACUACAUCAGAGGUGAAAUGCAAGGAACAUGCUGAAGCUAAACAUCCCAAGGCCGAUCUCUACGCUUGUUUUCCCCACCUGAAGAAGUGAUAAGAAGCUGGUAUGAGUAUCAAACAAUGGGUUUCAACUAUGUCUCUAAUCUGUCAAUGUGUUUAGUCCGAAGCUGUUUCAGUACUUGCUGAAUGAUGUUCUAAACUUUUUAAGUGUAUUGAAACUCGAUCGGAGUAUGUCUAUAUUAUCUGUCUAUUUCUCUGCCCUUAUAUGCUAUGGCAAAACUGUUGCCGGUCAA